AUGCGGAAAACAUUCUGUAUCGAUGACAUAUUGGCUCGUGUUUAUCCGGAGGAAAAGGUCGAGUCACCAACGAUAUUUACGGACAAACGAUUUAUCGAAGAAUGUCGAAUUAAUGAACAGACAGAAUUCUGUGAAAAUAGAAACAGUAAUGCUGUUGAAAAAGUAAAAAAGGAAAACGUUGAAGAUAUUGCGAAAUUAGAAAAGCAGACAGUACCAUUAGGGAACAAGACUCCACUGAUGACUGUCUCUUCGGAACAGACAAAUAAUAUUCAGACAGGAACAGAUGACGACGAGAAGAAGUGCAUUGACUCAGUUCAAGUUAUUACGAACGCAGUAAGGCCGUCACCCAGCCUCACACCAUCUUUAGAUCCAGAACUUUUAAAGCGUCUUGAAGCUGAAGAUACGCCAAGAAGAAUUCUCCGCGCCUCAACAAUCGCUGUAACGAAACGGUCGUUGGAGAGGAAACAGUCAGCGCAUAAAAAGCAAAAGAGAAAAGCUGAAAAUAAGGAUGUUAAGGAACCGAGGCGGAAAAUAAAGAAAAAAUCAAAAGAAACAUUCAUUGGAUCACAUUAUGACACACCAAUUGAGGUGAAAAUAAAUGACGAUCAGUCAUUAGGCACUCCGUCUUCUAGUGGUGUGAGCAGUAUGUCUGGCACUUCGAGUCCUGCUUCAGUGAAAUCACGGGGCCGGAAAAAAAUUCAACAGAAGAUUCAUUCAAACUGGGUACCUGUCACAUCCGGUGAAAAACAUUAUACGUACACCAGUAAUGACAUUGCACCAAUCAAACUCUUAUGUUUUCCGGAAGUUAAGCAUAAAAAGGAACCGGAAAGAAUAAGGAUUAAUGAUGCAGUGAUUGUAAACUCGGAGGAUGGGUCUAGAAAUAUCGGAAAAGUGACCCGGAUUUUCUUAGAUAAGGAAGGGUCAUUGAUGGCAACUUUAUUUUGGUAUUACACAAAUGAGCAGGUGGAGGUAGACAAAAAUAGUAUUAAUCCUCCAAUUUCUCCGCGUGAACUUUUAGCGUCGCGGCAUAUCGACGCUAUUCCUGUGGACACAAUUCAGGAAGUUGUCUACGUUCUGACUGUGAAUGAAUAUAAUCGGUAUGUUGCGGAGAAUAAGAUUGAUGCGUUACCCCGAGAGGAACGUCCAAGAGUGGAAGACGAAGUUUGGCCACGAGCUGAAAAGGAAUAUCAUCGUCGUAGCUCUCUUCCUUGUGAAGAUUCUCUACCGGAAUUAGUUUACUUUUGUCGUCGAAUAUAUGACUUUAAACAGAAGCGAAUAACCACCAACUGUCCGGUAACAACACGAAAAUCCGUAGCCGGUAGAAAAGUAAUUGCGGGCAGACGCGCUUAUAGGCACUGA